AAACUUUUGACCUCAAAAACGGAGCUACCCCAUGAUAGUCACGUGAAGUUUUACUCUCCACAAAAGCUAGUAAACAAUUCAUCUUCUUUGCCGAUAUCAGCUCUAUAAAGCUUCUCAAAGGUGAUGGCUGAGGGCCGAGGUCCUGAUGAGCUAGAGUUAAAACCUCAAGAACCUGUACCUCAGAUGGUUCCGAAGAACAUCACAUUCUCACGAAGCAUCCUGCGAAGAGUCAACUCACUUCGAUGCCACAAAAAACUGUGCGAUGUUGUUCUAAGAACUGGAGGGAGAGAGAUACAUUCGCACAGAGCCAUUCUGGCCGCCAGUAGCUCCUAUUUCAUGGCCAUGUUUACGAAUGAGAUGAAAGAGAGGGAUCAAGAUGCUAUCGAAAUUCAAGACAUGAAUCCCGAUAUUCUGAGUAGUCUCGUCAACUUUGCGUACACUGGAGAAAUCGAAGUCGUUGUGACAAACGUACAGGAAGUCUUAUCUGCCGCAUCUCUACUACAGAUCAAGCAAGUGCAGGACAUUUGCUGCGAGUUCCUCAAAAAACAACUCGAUGCCACCAAUUGCCUAGGGAUAAAGAAUUUUGCCGAAGCGAAUGGAUGUAGACAACUUUCCGAUGUGGUCGAUACUUUUGCUCGAAAACAUUUCCCCGAAGUUGCCUCGGGGAGUGAAUUUCUACAGAACAACUGGGACAACAUAGCCGCUCUCAUAUCAAGCUGCAACCUCAACGUUCAAUCAGAAGAGGAGGUCUAUCUGUCAAUCAUGGAAUGGGUCAAACAAGACUCUAAAGAGCGAGUUCAUCACCUCCCAAAGCUCCUCAACCAUGUCCGACUACCAAUGUUACCCGUGGGCUUUCUUAUGAAAGAUGUCGAUAACGAACCACUCAUCAAACAAAAUGUGGAUUGUAGAGACGUCCUGGAUGAAGCCAAACGCUAUCAUCUAAUGCCCGAGCAAAGAGAUGUUCGUUCAACUAACCCUCGAUUUAGCCCUCGAAAAUCGACAGUUGGAAAAGUGUUUGCAGUCGGAGGCAAAGAGUCAUCAGAGAGCAUCACCAGAUCUGUGGAGACUUACAGUUUCUUUGAAAACAAGUGGGAGGAGAUGAAUGGAAUGAUUGUACGAAGACAGCAACUUGGAGUGGGUGUGCUGGAUACAAAGGUGUAUGCUGUUGGAGGUUCUGACGGUUCUCUGCGCCUGAGCAGUGUCGAGUGUUUUGAUCCUGUCACGAAUAUCUGGUCGUUUGUUGCCCCUAUGAGUACGUGUCGGUCUGGUGUGGGUGUGGGUGUGCUGGGAGGAGCCAUGUACGCAGCUGGAGGCUACGACGGCCGAUCUUGUCUGAAUACGGUCGAGCGAUUCGAUUUAGAGAAGAAUCUGUGGAGCCCUAUAGCACAGAUGAGCACUAGACGAAGUUUCCCUGGAGUGGCCGUCUUCAAUAACCGGAUGUUUAUUUUUGGAGGAAACGACGGCACUUCGUUCCUAAACGUUGUUGAGUCCUACGAUCCUCACAUCAACAGAUGGUGUACGCUCACUAACCUCACAAAGCCAAGAGCUGGUAUUGGAGUCGCCGUGCUUGGUCAGCAGAUCUUCGUCGCCGGUGGAAACGACGGAACGUCUAGACUGGAUUCUGUCGAGUUUUUAGAUGUUCGUUCUGGUAAAUGGCAUCCUGCUGCUAAGAUGACGUCAUCUCGUGAUGGUGUGUGCUUGUGUACUAUUGGAUCUCAGCUCAUGGCCGUGGGCGGUAUCAAUGGUCCCUCGUAUCUCAAGUCUACUGAAGUGUAUGACCCCGUGAACAAUACGUGGGAAAUUGUGGCAAACAUGGAAACCUGUCGAGCAGCUGCCGGUGUUGCUAUUCUGUCUUGAUCGAAGGUUUAUUGUGCAUUUGAUUUUUGUUUGUCAUUAAUUUCAGUAUCUGUUGUCAGUUCUCAAUAAUAAUAUAAUGUCACCAUUAGUCAGCAUUAUUUAAUAUUAAAUUUUUUAUGUCAUUUUGAAACUGUUUAUUGAUAUUGUACGAAAUGUAUCUAAUUAUCUGUAAACAAAGA